CAAGUAUAAAUUUAUUUCCAUAAUUAUAUCAGGGAACAGAUAUUAAUAAUUAAUUUAUUCAUUAAUAACAAUGAAUUUAUAAAAUACAAGAACCAGAGAAAAUAGAAAUAAUUAAUGUAAAUUAUAAAUAUUAGUGAACAGUUUGUAGGAUUUAUAACAAAAUAUUUAUUUAAAAAAUAUUUUGUGUAAUUUUCGAGGUAAUGACUACUAAAGACAAGAAUAUUACAGGUGACAAAAUACCAUUUAAAUUCAUAGCUAUUAUGGUUGCAGUAACUGCAAUAAUAUUUACAUUAAUUUUAUCAAGCACUCAAACUAUAAAAGAUAAUGAUAAAAACUUUAAUUUGAAAAUACCUACGCCCUUAACUGCAGGUAAAUUGAGAGAAUUUAAAAGCGGUGCGGUAUGCGUUGAUGAUGCUUACUGUGCAGAGAUAGGAAGAAAAACAUUAGCUCGAAAUGGUUCGGCCGUAGAUGCUGUAAUUGCCGCUUCACUUUGCAAUGGCCUUGGAUUCAUGCAGAGCAUGGGAAUUGGUGGUGGAUUUGUUAUGACAAUUUAUGAAAGAACUACGAAAAGAGCUUAUUAUUUAAAUGCUCGAGAUCGAGCACCUCUGGCAGCUCAUGGAGAUAUGUUUUGGAACAAAAGUGGAACGGCUUCAUUCAAGGGACCACUUGCUGUGACAGUACCUGGGGAAAUCGCUGGUUACUGGGCAGCACACCAACGAUUUGGUAAAUUACCAUGGGCUGAUUUAUUCACAGAUACUAUUGAAUUGUGUGAAAGAGGAUGGAUACUAUCGCAAAUACAACUAAAUGAUUUAUUGCAAUAUGAAGCGAGCAUUAAAAAUGACCCGACAUUGAGAUCCUUGUUUGUAAAUGAAACGACAAAGAAGUUUAAAACACCAGGGAGUCUUAUUAAACAUGACAAACUUUGUGACACUUUUAAGGUGAUUGCAGAAAAAGGUGCUAAUGAAUUUUACAAUGGAACACUGGGACAAACUCUAGUUGAAGAUUUACGAAAACAAGGUGGGAUUUUAACGAUGGAAGAUUUACGUAAUUACUCGGCUAUAUGGCAAGAUCCACUGGAAACUGAAUUGUCUAAUGGAAUUAAAUUAUUUACAUCAAAUUUUCCAAGCAGCGGCGCACUGCUUGUAUUUAUUAUGAAUAUUUUUGAUGAAUUUAAAUUUACACCAAACAGUAUAAAUGAUGAUGAAAAUACUGUUGAAACAUAUCAUAGAAUGAUUGAGACUUUCAAAUUUGCCUUUGCUGCUAGAAGUAAAUUAGGCGAUCCUGAUUACAAUGAUCUGACAGAGGUAACAAAGAAUUUAACAUCAAAAGAUUAUGCACGAGCGAUAAAGGCCCGAAUAAAUGACUCAAGAACAUGGAAUGAUGCUGCACACUACGAAGGUGGUACUCAACUCCUUGAAGAUCAUGGUACUGCUCACUUAGUAGUUUUAUCACCAGCUGGAGAUGCUGUAUCAAUUACAAGUUCCAUUAACACUCCCUUCGGUAGUUUCCUAGUAGGAGAAAAAACAGGAAUUUUAUUCAACAACGGUAUGAAUGAUUUUUCAAUUCCGUCAGUUGUAAAUUUCUUCGGGCUUCCAGGAACAAGCGAAAAAAAUUCAAUACAACCUGGGAAAAGACCUUUAUCAUCAAUGGCACCAUCAAUUUUUGUAAACACAGAUGGAAAUGUAAAAAUGGUAAUUGCUGCGUCUGGUGGCACUAGAAUUAUUACUUCUUUAGCUUGCACAAUAGCACGAAUUUUAUGGAUGGGUAAUACAAUAAAAGAAGCCAUCGAUGCUUCGAGAAUUCAUCAUCAACUUUUACCAAUGACACUCAGUUACGAAUCUGGCAUAUCAAAAUCCGUGAUUAAGGGGUUAAAAGAUUUAGGACAUACAGUAUCUCAAGAUAGCUAUCAAGCUUACAGUUUUGUAGCUGCUAUUUUAAAAUCAAACAAUUAUAUCUACGCCAACUCAGAUUUUAGACGGAACGGCGACGCAUGUGGUAUUAAUUAACAUUAAGCACUAAAUUUUAUAAAUUUUUACAUAACUUUAUUUGUAUUAUUUUUAUUUUAAAUAAGAAAAAAAAAUCUAGUAUGAACUGUAAUUUUUAAAAAAUGUCUCAUAUUUAAUACUUCAACAUUUAAAUAGCAAUAUUACGAAAUUCAUGACCAUAUUAACAAAUAUCACUAUCAACUGUUGAUAUGCACAUAUAUGUAUAUGUAUUUAUAUACAUAUAUUUUUUACAAUGUGCCAUCUGGUAAAUUAAUUUGAUUAUAUUUAAUUAUUCAUUUAUUAUAAUUAAAUAAAAAAAAUUAAUCUUAAUCGAUUUUUUUUUUAAUCUUUAAAGUUUUUUUUUAUAAAAAUAUUAAAUUCAUUUUGUUUAAAAAAAAAACAACAGUAGUGACUAAUAAACUGCCUUGAAAUGAAAGCACAAGACAAACACACACACACACUUAUAUAUAUAUAUAUAUAUUUUUUUUU